AUGUAUCUAUUCUUGCAAUUUACCCUUAUUUGUUUAUUGUGGCAUUUGUUCUGUGAUGAUCUUGAUGAGGCCAAGCAUCUGAGUUGGACUGGAGAGAGAUAUAAAGUUGUAACUGUUGAUGGUAUUUUAUUAACAAAGGCUGGUACCAUGACUGGUGGUACAAGUGGUGGAAUGGAAGCAAGGUCACAUAAAUGGGAUGAUAAGAAGAUAGAAGGUCUUAAAAAGAAAAAAGAUGGGUUUGAAGCAGAGUUACAAGAACUUGGGUCAAUAAGAGAGAUGCAACUGAAGGAGUCUGAAGCAUCUGGGAAGAUCAGUGGGCUUGAAAAGAAGAUUCAGUAUGCAGAGAUUGAAAAGAAAAAUACGGAGGAGAAACUUGCAAAACUGACUGCAGAAUACAGUAAUAUUAAAAAUGAAAUUGGUUAUAUUGAGCCUGAACUUAAUAAGAUAAGGGAGAACAUAACUUCAAGACGACGCAAGAUUUUAUCACUUGAAAAGAGGAUCAAUGAGAUUGUUGAUAAAAUUUAUAAAAGAUUUAGUGAAUCUGUUGGGGUGGAUAAUAUACGUGAGUAUGAAGAAAACCUGCUUGCUGCAGCCCAGGAGCUGGCUGAAGAAAGACUUAGCUUGCGUAAUCAGCAGUCAAAACUCAAAUACCAGUUGGAGUAUGAGAAAAAGAGAGACAUGGGAGCACGGAUUGCGAAGCUGGAAUCAUCACAGACUGAACUAAAAAAUUCAUUGGUUGAAGUUGAUGAGAGAGAGAAAGAACUUAAAUCAAUGAUAGAGAAAGCUACUGAAGAGAUUGAUGUAUUGAAAGAAGAAAUACAGGAGUGGAAGUCACAGUCAGAAGCAUGUGAGAAAGAGAUGAAAGAAUGGAAAGUAAAAAUCUCUGCUGCUACAACAUACAUAACAAAGCAUAAAAAUAAAAUUGAUUCCAAGGAGAAUCAACUUGAACAAUUAAGUUCAAAAAAACAAGAUAUUGUUGAGAAAUGUGAAUUAGAGCAGAUCACACUCCCGACCGUGGCUGAUGCGAUGGAUGUUGACUCAGAAACGGGCCCGGUUUAUGAUUUCAGCCAACUCAGCAGGCCACAUCAGCACAACGCAAAACCUGCGGAAAGGGAAAAGCUGGAGGCAGAAUUUAAACAGAAAAUCGGAAGCAUAGUAUCAGAAAUUGACAGAACUGCCCCUAACUUAAAAGCCCUAGAUCAAUACGCUGCUUUACAGGAGAAAGAAAAAGCAGCAAGCAAAGAGUUUGAUGAGGCCAGAGAAGAAGAGAAGCUAGCAGGCAGAGAGUUUGAAACCGUGAGGACCCGGAGGCUUACGCGAUUUAUGGAGGCGUUUAACCAUAUUUCUGGAAAUAUUGACAAAAUCUAUAAGCAACUGACGAAAAGCAGCACACAUCCUCUUGGUGGGACCGCAUAUUUAAAUUUGGAUAAUGAAGACGAACCGUUUUUACAUGGUAUAAAGUACACUGCUAUGCCGCCUACAAAGCGUUUCCGUGAUAUGGAGCAGUUAUCAGGUGGUGAAAAGACUGUUGCGGCCCUGGCUUUGCUUUUCUCCAUCCACAGUUACAAGCCGUCACCCUUCUUUAUACUGGACGAGGUGGAUGCAGCACUGGAUAAUUUAAAUGUUGCCAAGGUUGCUGGGUUUAUCAGAUCAAAGUCAUGCGAAGGAGAAAGGGCAGCAAAUCAGGAAACUCUGGAGGGGAAUGGUUUCCAGAGUAUUGUCAUUUCUCUUAAAGAUACUUUUUAUGACAAGGCUGAAGCUCUGGUUGGGGUUUAUAGGGAUUCCGAAAGAGCAUGCUCAAGAACUUUGACAUUUGACCUAACCAAAUACCGGGAGGCAUGAUAAAGAUCAGUAGAUGAUGAAAAAAUGGCAAAAACUUUUUUAAGCAAUAGAUUUAGUUAAAGCUUGUGUUUAUUUGUGAGUAGCUUUCCAUGUUGAUUUUUAUUGUUGGUUAUAACUUUAAAGACAACAAACAGUAAAACUAAACUAGACGAUUGUUAUUAUGUAAUGUGCACAUAACAUAUCCACGAGUGUAAGUUUUUAUGCACCUUGU